AUGUCUGAUUGGGAAUCAACUACUGUCAUCGGUCGUAGAGCUCGUGCUGGAGGUUCUGGUCCAAGAGCUAACGUAGCUCGUUCUCAAGGUCAAGUCAACGAAGCAAAAAGAAGCGGUCUAGUCCUUUCCGUUGACAAGAAAUACGGUACUACAAAUACUCGUGGUAACAGUGAAGGUCAAAGAUUGACAAAGGUGGAUAGAGAAACUGAUAUCGUCAAGCCAAAGAAACUAGACACCGAAGUUGGUAAAAUCAUUUCUCGUGCUCGUAACGAAAAGAAGCUAUCUCAAAAGGACUUAGCCACCAGAAUUAACGAAAAACCAACUGUUGUUAACGAUUACGAGGCUGCAAGAGCUAUCCCUAACCAGCAAGUGCUGUCAAAGAUCGAAAGAACCUUGGGUGUUAAGCUAAGGGGUAAGAACAUUGGUGAACCAUUGGGUGGACCAAAGAAGAAAUGA